CUUAUAGAGUUAUAGGGUUCAUGGGAGUGGCGUGUAAAGAGCAAUAUGAUCGAUUUGAGAGGGAGUGUGAGUGGAGGAAGAAACGGGGGAUAGUCGGUCGCCGGAAAGUACUUGUCGCAUGGAAUCAACCGGUAUCUCUGAAAAAGGUAACACCUUCUUUAUCUUCGAAAAAUGCCUUUUGUGCUUUCCAUGGAAGGUUGUUUGUUGUAAAUCGUGUCAUGGUGUGUAAUCGUAGACCUGUUUGUGCGAGGUGGUGGGCGACGGCAUUCGUUUCUCUUCGUCAGAAUGUGAUGGUCAGCCCAUUCCUUAGCCUGAGAUUGUUGAUGCUAGUGACCAUGGAUUGAAGAUAGCCAGGCUACCAUCUCUGCUUGUAGAGGGUUUAUCGCUGCCAGAGGAAAAGCUAGGGCCUGUUUCAGCAGACCAGAGGUUGUUCUAAGGAUCGCUCCACCAGAACUUGUGGUUCCUUGGUGAUCCGCAUCAGUGUUGAGCACGAGAUCUUCAGGUUAGAAGUCUGGUUUCAAAGCUCUUGAUAAUUUUCAUACAGUGCUCCAUUCGAGUCAUUCCACGGUGAAGAACAGCUCCUAGGUAAGUUACCGGCAUGGUAGAGGUUUUCAUUUCAGUUUCUCUUUCCAUGUCCUUUCGUCUUGCAAAGGGCAGUUUCUUACUAACCAAAAAAGUGCUUUUUUCAAGAUUGAAGAUUUGCCCAGUUGCAUUACUGAAUAUGUCCAGGAAGUUUUUGAGGUGCCUGAGUGAAGGGGCAUAUCCAUUAAUAAAAAGCAGCAGGUCAUCAGCGAAUCCCAAUUGCGCAAUCGGGCUUGGUUUGCCUCCAACAAGAUAGGGCUUUAUUGGAUGUGUAUUGAUAAGAAAUUGUAAUCCCCUUGUGAAACGUUCAAUAAUAAGCAGGAAUAGGUAGGGUGAAAGGGGGUCACCUUGCUUGACUCCCCUCUGUGGCUGAAAAUAGCCAUAGGGCUGCCCAUUAAUGAGUAUGGAAACGUGAUUGGAGGAUAAAUUGCUUAUGAUAAGUGGGAUGAAAUUCUUAUCAAAGCCCAAUUUAGAUAGAAUAGCCUCCGAAAAGGACCAAGAUACCCUAUCGAACUCUUGGGCUAAAUCCAACUUUAUGGCCACAUUUCCACCCCAUAGCCAUUAGAAUGUGGUUAUGAAUAUCCUCCCCUUCCAUGAAACCAAUUUUCUCUUUAGAGACAAUUUUAGGGAGUAAAUGUUUCAAAUGGUUAGCCAACAAUUUAGAGCACACUUUAUUGAUGAAGUUGGUAAGGGUGAUGGAUUGUAAUUGGGAGAAAGUUUGAGGGUUUUGGAUUUUAGGGAUGAGGGUUAUGAGAGAAGACGUAAGGGCUCUAGGCAUAGUUUUUCCUAGGAAAAACUCCCUCACAGCUGAGCACAGGUCGUGUUCUAUGAUUGACCAGCAGCUGUUGUAGAACUGCCCGCUGAAACCAUCGGGAUCGGGAGUGCUGUCUUUAUUCGGUGACCAAACAGUAUCUCUGAUUUCUUGGUCUUGUGGGGGGUAGUUAGGAAAUAGUUUUCUACCUGGGAUAUGAUUGGGUUAAAAAAGUCCAGUAGGUAGUCCAUAUCCUCUUUCUACCUGGGCUAUGAGGUCGGGUUCGCUAAUAACUUGGUCUUGGCUAUCUGUGAUAGACAGAAUUUUACAUUUAAACUGUUUUUGUUUAAUGUAGUUGUGAUAGAACCUGUUAUUAGCUUCUCCUUCAGAUAAUCAUUUGAUGUUAACCUGUUGUUUCCAAAAUAAUUCCUCCUGUUUGAGCUUUAGAAGUAAGUCAGCCUGAGCUUUGGACCAAGAUAUCCUAGAGGUAGGGCUCGGGUCAGAAACGUAUGUUUCUUCUUCGAGUUGUGCUUGGCCCUCAACCCUCCAGACCCCUUCAAAGAUAUUCCCAAAAGUAGAAGUGUUCCAAAGUUUUAAACCCCUUUUAGUUUCCUGCAAUUUAUAUUGUAGAAACAACGCAUCCCUCCAGAGGAUUUGAUAGAGGCCCAACUAGUUGAGACCACUUCUUGAAAUGAGUGAUGAGUGGCCCACAUGUUUUGAAAUCUGAAGGGUUUGGGGCCUGUUUGGAGAGAGGUAGUAGUGGUGAUUACGAUAGGGGUGUGCUCAGAUGAGGUUCUGUUUAGGUGUCUCUCGGCCACAGUCUCAAAAUUAUCUAAGAAUGGGAGUUGGCUAGAUAUCUGUCUAAUCACCUCCACAUUCGACCCGUUGAUCUAACCCCAGUCCAGGUGUAGGUAGGUCCUGUGAAUUGAACUGGUUCCAGAUCACAAUAAUCUAUGCAAUCAGUAAAAGCAGUAAUGUCAGAGAGUCUAGGAAUGGUUUUACUGAUGUAUUCGCUCAUAGAUGCUACUCCCUCCGUCCCGUUAUGAUUGUCCCAUUUUACCAUUUCGGUCCGUCCCACUAAGAUUGUCACAUACCUUAUUUGGUAAAGUUUGUGUGGUUCUAAAUCAUUCCUACUUUAUUUUUACUUUAUCAAUUCAAUAUCAACCACAUAAACUCCUUUUUAUUGAUAACCGUGUCAUCUUCUCUUGUCCCAAACUUAGAGGGACGGAGGUAGUAUAACAUUAUGUAACACCCUGAUUUUAGCGAUCUAGUUACAUUAAUCCUUUAUUUUAUUCAGUCAUUUAAAUAAGUUUAUUUUAUGAAUAAUGUGAUUUAUUCCUUUUUCUAAGUUUUGUUUGUGGCAGAUAACGUUGACUGGUAAGCUCCAACAAUUUCAAGGAAAGAAAUAAAUGAUAGUACAUAUUUUAUUAGUAUAUUAUUAAGAGGGAGAAUAUAAUACUUCGAUUGGGUCAGAUUCAAUUUUCUUUAGAAGGCUAAGACACCCCAAAUCAAUUAUCUUGGCCCGAAUCAGUAUUUUAACCAAAACCCUACAAGGAUAAAUAUAGAUAUGCCGAUUAGUGACUCAUUUGAGUAGCAAGCCUUAAACGUUCCCGUGCCUAUUUUUCUUCUCCUGAUAGCCGCUGCUCUAGUCUUUCUUCCUAGACGAAAAACUUUCUAUCUUCCUCAAGGAACCAAGAGUCUGGUACGUCACUUCUACAAUCCCUGAUCGUUUUUUUUUUUUUUUGUUGAUGAGAAUGUUUAGGUACUUUUAUGUAUUUCCAGUAGGGGCGAACAUCAACGAUCUUCUUAGAUUUUAAAUGGUUCUGUUACCUUGCUAUUGAUUAGUGCAGAUAAUCAUUCAGAUUUUGUGGAGAUUGAUCAGAUUUUCAAGUUUUGAUUUAACAAACUGAAUUUUUAUGUUAACAACUAAUUUAAUUCUCCCUGAUUCUCUUUAUGCUUUAGGGCGUUGUGAUUGGAGUGUUAAGUUAAACUCUACUUUAUUAACAUCCCACAAGUUGCUGUGAAGCGGACCAUUUAGAAGAAACCGAUUUUCCAAAAAACCUUCUGGUCUAGUUAGUUCUAUAGAAAUUGUCCAACAGUGGUCAUCAAUAUAGAAAAAAUUCAAUUUGUUUCAAUUAUUACGUGCUAGCAGGUUCAUCAUGUAUUCACUGUGUAUAAGACAAAACUGAUUAGGAAGAGUUUUAAGGCCGCUACUACUAAUUUUAGUAAAGACUCUGCUGAAAUCAUUAUUAUUUAUUGAAGUACAGUCAACAUAUUGGUUUGGUUCCUCUAUUCUACGUCGGUAUGCUGCAGCAAGAUAAGAUUACCUAACUUAUUAGACAAAAGAUUUUAAUUAUUUUAUUAUAUUUAAAUAAAGAUUACAAAAGAAGAGCUUGCCGGAAGACGUUAUCAAGGUGCCACACUUAUUUGAGUAUUUUGAGUUCAGCUCCUUACAGGUAAGUUCACUACCACCUGUACAUGUUUGUUCAACCAAAUGCAAGAAAGAAGUCUGGUUGAUUUUUAGUAGAUAAUUUUAGACUAUUUGCUAUUAUGUGAACUAUGUGAAUUAUGUGAUGAGUUAUGUUAUUUGCUGGAUUAAGUUAUGUUUAUUAUCUGGCAUAGUCAAGAUUUGUCAGUACUUUUGUUUCAGAAUAAAUGAUAUUUUUAGUCAAACGUCACCAUAAAAAGAACUAAUACUUAAAGUGAAAGAUCAGGUGAUAUGUACUCGGGAACAAGUUCCCUCAGUUUAUCAGUUAUCAGCUUAUCAGUUUCAGAGAGUCCGAUAUGUGUAGUGGGUCGCUCCCCUGAGCUGUCGGAUUGGCGCCUUUGAGUACAUAUCACGGGCCCACAGUUAAAAUUAGCCACAAAGAGUUUUACAGAAAGUUUAUGAGAUCUCUUUCAGAAAGUUUUAUAGAAAGUUUAUGAGAUCUCUUUCAGAAAGUUUUACAGAAAGUUGUUAUGAGAUCUCUUUCAGAAAGUUUAACAGAGAUGUUUGAGAAAGAAAUUUUGAGAUCUCUCCAGCAGUUUUGAGAAAUUAUUUUAGAAAUUAUUUUCUUUUUGUGAUCUCACUCAGAAUGUAUUUGAGAAGUUAUGUGUUAGUUAUUUGUUCAGUGCAUGCUUAUAGCCUAAAUUUAUCUAUUGAUAAAUUGGCAUAGACUUCUAAAUAUUUUUGUGGAUCCAUAGUGACUUACUAAGCGUAAAGCUAAUCAGUUUAUUUCUUCGCAUGUACAGAUACUAAGGAUAAGGCCAAGGCCUAGGAAGAUGAUGAGAGAGUGGAACGCGUGCCAAGAUGAGUUAACGGGAACGACCUUGACGGCUUUUAGCUAGUUAUUAUUUUGUUUCAAUAUUUUAGUUGUUAUAAUAAAGAGAUUAUUAUACUUUAUUUUAUUUAAGGAUUUGAAGUUUGAAUAAAUUCCUGGAUCUAGGUGGUUAUCACAUUUGCUGGUGAUAACUAGAUUUUAUUGAGUUUUUAUUUGGAGUUAUAUUUUAGCUAUAUUUGAGUUUUCACUAGACAUUACCC